AUGUCGUCGCUACCCCUGGAGCCACCCACCUACCUCAGUUCGCUACAGAACAACAUCCGAGCUCGUCCCAUCCCAUGGGAAGGAGCUGUCCGAGCGGGAAACAUCACCGAUGACCACCUGAAGAAGAUUAAGGCGGUGGACAAGGUUCGCAAGGAGCAGCGGCGUCAGACUGUCGAGGGGGAUCUGGCUGGUUAUGUUGGUCUACUCUCUGGUGGCUCUGAAGGGAAGAGCGUGCUGGACUCCGCCUCCAGGAGAACCGAUAUUGUGCAAUACAUCCUCGUGCUGGCCGCGGAUUUGAUCAACGAUGUCCCCUCCCUAUCGACCGCCCUGGUCGCGCAUCCCGACCCUUACAAGCCAUUCCUUCCCCUCUUGCGUCACUCCACCAACCCCGAAGACCCGAUCCCUCUGCUUACCUCCACCUUCUUGACCAACCUUGUCUCCGUCAGCCUGAGCUCGUCAUCCAAGCCAGCUGCGCGCGAUGAUGAAGCGCUUCCGCAGCUGUACACCUAUCUCUCUACCCUGACCCAGAACCAAGACAGCGGGCUGCAGGAUAUCGGGGUCCAGGAGCUGUCGGCAUUGCUACGAACCUCUAGGUCUCGCGAGAUCUUUUGGAAGCAGAGACAGCAGACCGUCGAGCCGUUAGUCGAGAUCCUGCGUGCAGCCACGGGUGCUAAGGAUAGCAGCUCCAGCACCUUGGCUGGCAGCUCGCGCGCGAUCGAGCCCGGCCUUGCCGGUGGAGUCGGUCUUCAGCUGUUGUACCGGGUCUUGCUUGUUCUCUGGCAGCUCAGUUUUGAAGGGGAGUUGAUUGGUGAUGAUCUGCAAGCGGACUACGAGUUUGUCCAGCUGUACACGCACCUCCUGCGCCUUUCCCCGAAGGAGAAGACCACCCGACUCCUCCUUGCAACUCUCAACAACCUCCUGUCUAGUAACCGCACCACCCUGCUCCCGGUCGCAGUUUUUGUCCGCCUUCCUGCCCUCCUUACGAACCUCGCCGGUCGCCAUCUGACCGACCCCGAUCUGCUGGAGGACCUCACAUUCCUGUCCGAAAUGCUGGAUGAGUACACCAAGACACAGACGACGUUCGAUCAGUACGCAGCUGAGCUGCAAUCUGGCCACCUCCGGUGGUCCCCGCCCCACCGCAACCCUACCUUCUGGAAGGACAAUGCCCGUCGCAUCCUCGACGAGAACAACGGUGCACUUCCCAAGAAGCUGUCCGAAAUCAUCUCCAAGAGCUGGGAUAACGACAAGCAGGUGCUGGCGAUUGCCUGUAACGAUGUGGGUCACCUGGUGAAGGAACUGCCCGAACGGCGGGCACAGCUGGAAAAACUGGGUCUGAAGACUCGUGUCAUGGAGCUGAUGACGGACAAGGACGAGUCGGUGCGGUGGGAGAGCUUGCGGGCGGUGGGCGAGUGGCUGCGCUACACGUUCGAUGACUAG